AUGCACUCUUCUUGCUACAAUAAUGUUCAAGAGUGUACCCUUGGCAAUAAGGCAUAUUUUACUGCCAUACUCCAGAAAACAAAAAAUGCUGCCAACGUAGGAGACUGGGGAGAUAGCUCAUCAGUCGUUGGCCUUAGUUCCACCAAAUACUUACAAGCCAGCUGCCAAGGCACUGUAGGACAGUCAGUGUGCUGGGAACAAACUCCUCCUAUUCACACUUCUGAUGGAGGUGGGCCUCAAGAUAUCAUAAGAGAACUCACCGUUCAGAACCAAAUAGAACAGCUCAUUGAAAAUCAAUUCCCUAAACUCACCCAUCACCCUCUGGCUCUUCCCAAGUCGCGAGGAAUAGAUCUAGAUACCCAAAUGACAGACAUCUUGACGGCCACCCAUCGGUCAUUAAAUAUUUCCAACCCUACACUAGCCCAAGAUUGCUGGUUAUGCUUAAGCCAAGGCACCCCCAUGCCUCUAGCUGUCCCCACCAACAUAUCAGCCCUAAAUAUCACCGAACAAAAUUGCACCCUCAGCAUAUCCUUUAGAGUUCAGCCUAUGCUUUUUUACUCCUCCCCCUGCAUCUAUAAGAAAUUACAAAAUAAUUCUUUUGAUAUUUCUGUUGCUUUCACCACCCUGCCCGCCAAUUGGACAGGGCUAUGUGCCCUAGCUGCCUUACUACCUGACAUAGACAUUAUCCCAGGGGAUGAACCCGUCCCCGUUCCUGCUUUUGACCACUUCGCAGGACGACACAAAAGAGCCUUAGCUAUUAUUCCCCUGCUUGUUGGUCUAGGAGUUUCUGGAGCGGUAGCUACCGGAACUGCAGGAUUAGGAGUUGCAGUUCACUCCUAUACAAAACUUUCCAAACAACUUGUCGAUGAUGUCCAAGCCUUAUCCAGUACUAUUACUGACAUUCAAGACCAACUAGACUCCCUAGCGGAGGUAGUCCUCCAGAAUAGACGGGGCCUAGACUUACUCACAGCAGAGCAGGGAGGCAUUUGUUUAGCUUUACAGGAACGAUGCUGCUUCUAUGCCAACAAGUCAGGCGUCGUCCGGGGCAAGAUCAAAACCCUUCAAGAAGAUCUGGAAAAACGACGAAAAGCCCUAACUGAAAGCCCUUUUCUUACAGCCUUCAACAGACUACUCCCCUUUCUUCUCCCUCUCCUCGGGCCUUUAAUAGCUAUCAUUCUCUUCCUGACCUUUGCUCCCUGGGUUCUCAGGUGCACCACAAACCUCAUCCGAGACCAACUUAACUCCCUCCUUGGCAAAUCUAUCCAGAUACAUUAUCAUCAGCUAGAAAUGAACAAACCUGGCACUGACUCGCAGCGUUUUUUCCCAGAAUGUCCUCGCGCAUAG